CUUUCUUCGACGCAGAUGAGCUCAAUACUACAGACUCUCUCCUGCCUCAUCCUCAUCCUUCUUGUCUGGAACCAAGUGCCAGGGCUCCAGGGUCAUGAGUUCCGGUUUGGGCCUUGCAGAGUGGAAGGGGUGGUUCUCUCAGAACUGUGGGAGGCCUUCUGGGCUAUGAAGAACACUGUGCAAACUCAGGAUGACAUCACAAGUGUCCGGCUGUUGAAGUCGCAGGUUCUUCAGAAUGUCUCGGAUGUCGAGAGCUGUUACCUUGUCCACAGUCUGCUGAAAUUCUACUUGAACACUGUUUUCAAAAACUACCACAGCAAAGUAGCCAAGUUCAAGAUCUCGAAGUCCUUCUCCACUCUGGCCAACAACUUUCUUGUCAUUGUGUCAAAACUGCAGCCUAGUAAAGAAGAGCACAUGCUUUCCAUUAGUGAGAGUGCACACCGGCGGUUUUUGCUGUUCCGCAAAGCAUUCAAACAGAUGGACACAGAAGCGGCUUUGGUGAAAGCCUUUGGGGAAAUGGACAUUCUCCUGACCUGGAUGCAGAACUUCUACCAACUCUGA